UUUACGAAAAAUACGAAUGUGCGCAUUUGGUUAUUUAUUGUUUUUUGCUUUAUUGCUAACAACAAUUUUGGUGCUAUCGAUCAUAUUUGCCACGUCCUCGAAGAGAUCCAUGAUGGAUAGUUUUAUACUCGUUUUUAAUUACACACAAGAUGAGCAGCAGCAACAGCAACAACAACAAGAACAACUGCAGCAGGACAAAAUGUCCACCAAACCAAAUGCAUUUCUCAUCCUGUUUUGCGCUUAG